UUGCGUACUUAUUGCUGUGUACCUUUUAGCCGCAGGCCUGUUAAUCUUUAUUUCUUGACUUAUGUAUUUGCCGUUUGUUGUUUUUUCGAAUCUGUUGUCCUCUUACUAAUGAAAAACAAAUUUUGUAUUAAAUGUGGAACAUUAAAUACAGAUUUAAAAGGAUAGCCACUUUGAAGUUAAUCACAUUUUUGCUACUUUUUGCUUGUUUUAUUUGCUCAACGUUUUUAAUUUACAACCAAUUGCCAUACUCAAAAACGUUUGUAAAAUUUAUAAAUUUGUUGAAAUCCUCAAAUUUUCAACGUAAAAUUGUUUUGUUGAUCCCAAUCUUUUAUAGCCAAAAUACAAAAUUUGAAUGUUAUGAUCGUUUCCGCCCAUUUGUUACUAACGAGGAGAAACGUGUCUUUCAAUCAAUUCGAUUAGAACAUGUUCGUUUACUGGAAAAGUUUGAACAGACCUCCGAGAAGUUAGAUGCAAUAAAUAAAUUGAUUCCAAUUAAAGAAGCAGAACUCAGGGAAAUUCAAAUUUUUAUCAAAGAGCUGGAUUUAUCACGACGUGAAUAUAGUGAUAAACGAAGUGUUCAAUUAAAACUGCCUCAUUCUCCUCUUGAAGAAAAUCGAAGAGAAGAGCCCGAAAAGAAAUUUUCAAAUUUUAAUUUAUUUGAAGAAAGCAUUGAUUUUAGUCGUUGUUCAAUUACUAAAGGAUUAAAGAUAUUUUUAUAUCCUCUAUCAAAAAACAGCUCAAAAUUGGCGAAGAGAUUUUAUUUGGAAUUUCAACAUCAAAGCGUUCAAAGAAUUACUUCAAAUCCUGAUAAUGCCUGUCUAUUUAUUGCUUUUUUGGAUUAUGGAAAAAAACUUGAAAAAUUAAAUUAUUUUGGGCUGAAUGGAAGAAAUCAUCUUUUAAUUGAUUUGAGUCGGGAAUUGAGUCCGACUGAUGUCCAGGCUUCUAUGCUUAUUUCUUCCAAAAAUUUCAGGAAUUUAAGACACUCUAUGGAUCUCAACAUUUUUAUGUCUGUUCCAGAUUAUGAUCCAAAUCGUUUGCUUUAUUUAUCUCCACUUUUGCCUUUAUUCAAAAAAUAUUUUGUUAGCUUCUUGGGAAGGAAUACAAAACUUACAAAACAACAAAUGACUGAUUUUGAUGAAUUUAAAAAAUCAUUGGAAAUUUCUCAAGAUCAUGAUUUCAUUAAUUUUAAUUGUUCAACGAAUAAUAAAUGUUUUACCAAGGAAGAGCGUCUUGAAAUUUAUAAACAAAGCACUUUUGCAAUAAUUAUUCCAGAUGAGGAUUCGUUUCAAGAAAAUUUUUAUGAAUCUCUCGAGGCUGGAGCAAUCCCAGUAAUUUGUUCCCUCCACACAAUUUUGCCUUUUGAUGAAUUUGUUGAUUGGAAAUUGGCAACAAUUAAAAUUCCACCUAGUCGCUUUCCUGAAUUACAUUUUAUUUUGCGCUCAAUUGCCGUUCAAGAUUUGCUAGAAAUGAAGAGGAAAGGACGUUUUUUCUUUGAGAAUUUAUUGGCAGAUGUAAGAGUUUUGACACGUUCAAUAAUUUCUUUAAUGCGUUUCCGGCUUCAAAUGCCAGAUAAUGAUGAGGCUAUUCAUUCAAGUAUUCCACUCUACAAAACAAAAAAUGAUUCUAUUUGGGACUAUCCUUCAUUUAUUUCAACUGCAACAAAGCCUCCUUAUGAUGAUGAAUAUUUGGGACCUUCCGAAAUGCCUGUAAUGUCACCACAAUAUGCACAUAAUUUUACAACUUUUAAUUUGCAUAACUACAAAUUAUGGAAUGAUUUCCCUUUUGCAACUUCAAAUUCUCUCAAAUUUAUGCCCAACGACUUUCCUAUGCCUUCUGACUCAGAAUUUAAUGAAGAUGUUAGUUUUGGAAUGCGUCCAAUAUUACCUGGUUCUGGGGUUGAAUUUUCAAAAGCAAUUGGUGGCAAUAAAAGGAGAGAACAUUUUACAAUAAUAAUAACAACAUACAAUCGUGAACAAAUUUUAUCGAACACAUUAGAACGUCUUAUUGGAUUGCCUUACUUAAAUAAAGUUAUUGUUAUAUGGAAUGAUUUUAAAAGAUUUCCAACAUUGUCUGCAUGGCCUAGAUUGCGUGUGCCUCUUUUAUUCAUUAAUGGAACAAGAAAUUCAUUAAAUAAUCGAUUUAUUCCGUACAAGGAAAUUGAAACGGAAGCAAUACUUUCAAUUGAUGAUGACCUUGAUUUGAAACAAUAUGAAAUUAUUUUUGCUUUUAGAGUUUGGCGUGAACAAAGGGACCGAAUUGUUGGUUUUCCUGCGCGUUAUCAUGCACGAUUUGGCGAUACAGUUAAUUAUGAUAGCAAUCAUACUUGUCAGUUUAACAUGAUUUUGACUGGAGCAGCAUUCUUACACAUUUUUUAUCUACACGCCUACACUUAUCACAUGCCUCAAAUUAUUCGUGAUAAAGUGGAUGAAUGGACAAACUGUGAGGAUUUGGCAAUGAAUUUCCUCGUGUCACACCUUUCCAGAAAACCUCCAAUAAAGACCACAAGCAAGUGGACUUUAAGGUGUCCAACAUGCAAAGAAAGUUUGUCAAAUAAUUUAUAUUAUUUUGAUGAGAGGCAUAAAUGUAUUCAAUUUUUCAUCAAAGUUUAUGGCUACAACCCACUUCUUUUCAGUCAGUUCAGGGCAGAUUCAGUGCUUUUCAAAACAAGAGUUCCUUCAAAUCAUCAAAAAUGUUUUAGAUACGUGUAAAAAUUUU